AAUGCGUGAUGUUUGAGCCUCAGCAGCUGCCUUAGUCGUCCAGGAUGCGCGAUGUUUAUACUGCCGGCGAUCCUCGUCGCACUUAUUAAAAUUUAUUUGUUUUUAGAAAAAGAUUAUACAGUUUAUGGAUGACAUGGACCCCGUGCAGCUGUUCAGGGAUCAGUUUAAUCCGCAGACUGAAGCCGAAGUCAGGUGGUUAGAAGAACUAUUUCAUUUCGUUAGAGAGCACUUGUGGCCUUUGAAAACUGGCCCACAGGGGGCGCCCUGCUGCCAGACGGCUGAUGAGGGUGUGUCUCACCUGAGUGCAACUCUGCUCAAGAGGAUACGUGGAAAGAUGUCCAACACAUGCUCGCUGCCCCUCAGCUACAGGCCGGUGUGCAUCUCCGAGCUUCUUUCUCAUCAGCGGCUGGCGUGCGUCAGUAAUCUGUCGUGGAGCACCAGUGAGGAACGGGCAUCAGCCGAGGAAGCCACGGCGCUGCUGCCGGGCCAGCGGACUCUACCCCGGGCGCACCUCCUGCUGAUGGGCCGCCUGACGCACGGCCGUGACGGAGACUGGACACUGACGGACCGCAGCGGCAGUAUUCGAUGUGAGGUUCUGUCCCCCUCACCUCUGUGGAUGGGUCGUCUCAUCUUUCUCCCCUCCUGGCACUACAUCCCCCACGAUGCCUCUGGGCAAGCGCAGCCAGAAGCCCCAGGCUAUGUGGAGGUGAUUGGCUCUCCUGUUCUGCUGUGUCCUGGUCCUGCACAGAAGUUGUCCUCCAAUCCCGUCGCCAUCGGAGAGGCUGCGGCCUUAAUCCACGACAGGGUGCCAGGACUACGUCUGUCCAUUUUCGGACAGGUGACUUCUGUCUGCCCCCUGCUGGUGAUCUCAGGAACUUCCUUCUUCUUCUUGACACUGUCAGACGAGAUGCACACACUACCCGUCCUGGUCAAGAAAAACAGCAAGCUGUGGUGGGGGCAGUGCGUGUCUUUGGGCGAGUCCGUGUGCGUGACAGCGUUGCGCGUGUGCGUCCUACGACCAUGGGGAGAGAAGAGCAUCCUGUGCGUGACCGAUCACUCCGAAAUACACAAGACGCACGAUCGACGGCGCCCGCCGGAGGAGGACACGCCACCGGACCCAGCUCCCUUGCCGCCAAAGUCAGAGCCCAGGAGAUGCGAGGGCGAACCGGACGGCAAAGAGUCUCAGGUCAUCAGCUACCAGGGGACAGUCACAGAGGUGGUGAGCGCGGGGGCGGGGCUUUACGUGAUGGACAGGAAGCUAGGACUGUGCCUGGCCUAUCAGCCCGAGUUGAAGAGGAAGCUGCGAGUUGGCGACGCGCUGGCGCUCCAUCACAUUCACUUCCUGUACCAGCCGUGUCCGGACUUCCCGCCCAGCAUGCUUUGCACUUGCCUGCGCUCCACUGUGACGGUGACAAAGUUUAGCGCCGUUCUAGCCUCGGACUCGGACCGCAAUUGCCCUGACGACGGCGUGUUGCAGAGGUUACUGGUAGAGAGGAACCCGGAUGUGUCCCAGUACCUGUGGACGUGCCACCUUUGCUCACAGCUUCGACACAGCUUGCUCCCCAGUACGUCGCCACAGUGCACGUGCCUGUUGUCGUGGAAACUGAUGGAGGUUGCGUUUGGACAAGGACAACGAAGCAGAAGAGACAUCUAUGCUGAGAUGUUGGACAAGCCUCACACUUGUCCGCUGACACAGUACGACGGUGACUCGGUGCAGCUCCAAUAUGUCAGCCUGUCAGAGCUCAGCGACUCCCUUCAGGAGGACUGCUGGGCUUCCUUGUGUCUCAGCUCUCUGCUGCCACCCGAUGGAGGUGGUCUGACCCGAGCCCAGAUGAACGCCGCCCUGGCCUGGUCAAGCAGAACUUUGAGGUCGGACCCAAAGCACAAGCUGCAGCCUGGAGAGACGCUCAGACAGCGCCCCCUCCUGCUUGUGGGAGUACUGGAACUACCGUCAGGUGCGUCCCUACAUACGCUGCAGCUGAGAGACCGCACGGGAGCCAUCGCCUGCGUCAUCACGGAAACGACCCAGGAAAAGCCGGCGGGCCACAGCGCGGCUUUCAAUACUGCUUGGAUAGGUUGUCUUGUGUGUGUCCAGCAGUUCACCAUGGUAACGGAGCGUUUCCUCCAAUCAGAUUUCCCCUCCUACCAACACCUGAAUAAGCAUAAGUUCAUCACAUACAAACACUGCAGCAUUUACCUCCAGUUCUCCCAAGAGAGCAUCCACAUUUUGAGUCCAUCCGUUGCCAUGGAAAUACACCUGCGUGACAAAGGGGAGGAAUCGCGGGAAGAAGAAGAGGAGAAGGAAACUGUGGCGAGGAAGCGAAGAGAAACGGCCGAGGACCGAGAGCCCUCGCGACCUUUGCGGCUUUCGCCUGUUACAGCGCCAACCUGUGUCUCGGUGGUCCUUCGGGUGGAGCAGAAGACCGGCGUGAUGUGGCGGGAGGAUGCAGAGGCAUCUUUUUCCGUCACAGCGACUGUGAUUGGGCCGGUGAAGGCCUGGGGGCGGGACCCCAAAAACAGGCCAAUGAAAGACUUUGAGACAGGCAAUGAGAAAAAGGUGACCCUGUUGUGUUCCGGCGCGUCGGCUCGCUGGUUUCCUCUCCUGCAGCCGGGACGCGUCUACAGACUGGUGGCAAGCGGCACGCACGACGUCAGCGUUCUGGCGGCCGACGCCGGCCCUCGAUGGGGCCAGGACGUCACCCUGCCAGUCCAGCCCGAUUGGAAGUUCCACACGCUAACCCAACUCCUUGCACACGCAUGCCACUGCAGCGCGUGCCCCGCGCUGUCCACGGUGUCGCAGGUUCUAGACGGCAGUGCCGAUGUGGUGUCUUUUCAGGGUUUUGUCUCAGACCGAAUCAAUCUAAAUGACAGUACCAGGGAUGCUGGACAAGCAAACAUUGGUGUGCGUCUUACAGUGUGUGACCAAAGUGGACGGAGCCUCCAUGUCUUCCUGAACUUCAACCGUAACCAGUACCCGCCUGGCCUGUUACCGGGAAACACACUGUUGAUGUCUGCUUUCCGCAGGAGGGUAUCCAGGUCAGGACGCGUGUAUUGCAGUAACAUAGCGGUCAGCUGGGUAGCAGUGUUGCGGGUUCGAGAUGAGAGGUUGGGGGACCGCCCACCCGCUCCCAUCAUGCACCUGGCCCUGUGGACACAGCGCAGCCGCACCGUGGGCCGAGUCAAGGGACACGUGGUGUGUUUCCUCUUCAUGCAGCUGCAGUGGAACUGCUUUGAGUGUGGCAGUGUGUACACACAGUCAUCUUGCAGUGCGCAGUGUCGCUCACCCUCGGUGGUCUUUGACUGCACCGUCAAGUUGGUCAUGGAGGACGGCACAGGCCAAGCUCACAUCCAGUUCACCGGGGCGCUCGUGCGCCAGCUGCUGGGACUGAAUUGUCCCCAGUGGGAGGGGCUUCAAAGGGCAGUGAAGGCCAGAGGACACAUCCAAGUGUACCCCCGCGGGCUAAGCCAGGCGUGCGACGACAGGCUCCUUGACUUCCUGUUGUUGUGCGCGGAAGGCGUCAACUCGUUGUUUCUGACCUGCAACAUUGACAACCAGGCCAAAGAAGAGGUCAAAAUGUUGAGACGUGGCAAGAGGGACUUCCUAACAAGAAUGGCGCCCCCCCUCAAGCUCACCUGUCUACAAAUUCACUGAGCAAUGUCAAUUUGUCAUUGCUUGCUCUGCGUGGCAACAGCCAACAAAACAGAAAGUCACGUGAUGUUUGCAAAUGUUUAAUAAAGUGAAGUGAAACAA